CCUCUUAGAACUAAUCAUCAAAUCUACAUCUCGAAUAAUAGAACAACUCCCAUUCCAACACAUGCAUAGAGCAUAUGAGGGUACAAGAAUCGCAAAGACUGGAACCGUCCACGAUCCCCAACUCUGCCUCGCCACCACUCGCCUAAAGUUACUGCCAGUGCCUGCUGUACCCCAGAUUUUCGCAUCCCAACCAACCAACCAGCCUCGCAGUACAGACUCUACUUAUAUCAAGCAAGCAAGCAAGCAAGCAAGCAACUCCAACAACCGCGCGCAUCGCGAUCCAAUCCCCCAAUCGAUUCGCACCAUCCAUCACCAUCCACACCUUACCUUGCCUUGCCUACGAACCUCAACCACCAAGGAAUAAAGGAACCUCCGAAAAUGGCCUCCCCCCCUCCCUCAAAUCCAGACCCUCCCUCAAAUCCAGACACGAUCCUCUUCCGCGCCCCCAAGAAGCGCAAGAUCUACCGCCAGCGCUCCGCGUCCCUCUCCGUUCCUACCGACAACGAUGACGCUGGAUCCACACAACGGGCCGACGAGACGGCGCCCGCUGCGCCCCCGAGCCCGGAGCUGCCCUCGCUGCUGCGGCUGCGGAAACAGAGACGGCGGGGGCUGGAAGGGGUGGAGUUCCGGGCCGAGAGCCAAGGGCGCGUAGAGGAGCGAGAAGAAGUCGUGGAGAAGGAGGAGGGACAGAUAGAGGGAGCAGGAGGAGGAGUGGUGCGUAGGUUUGCGCCGCAGACGGGGUGGAGGGGCGGGGAUAUCGAUAGGCAUAUGAUGGCAUAUAUAGAUUCCGAAUUAGCUAAACGACGCGCGGGAGCAGCAGCGGCCAUUAACGCGAGCACUUCGACGGCCCCCUCGUCUUCCAUCAGUCGGGAGAAUACAGGAACCAGCGAAAAAGAGAGAGAACAACACAGGAAAGAUAUUUCCGGGAUCGAGCGCCAGCCCGCGGCGCUGGGCAAGCUGCUCGAGAUCGAUCUCGGCGAGGAGGUGCGCAAUCGGAAUGUGGAGCUGACGGAACAGGCGAGGCGGCGAUUAGGCGGGGAGGUUCUCGAGGAGGAAGAGGAGGGGAAGAAGAAGGGGAAGGUUAGGUUGGGACCGGAUGGAAAGCCGUGGCGGGGGAGGAAGAGGAGGGCGAGUGAAGAUAUCAAGAGGGAUAAGCUGGUUGAGGAUAUCUUGCGGGAGAAUCGACUGGAGAUCUAUGAGGGACCGCUGCCGGAGCAGCAGGUCGUUAACGAUGAUCAAGCAGCGGAUGACAGGAUUGCAGAGGAGUUCAGGAGGGAGUUCAUGGAUGCGGUGUCGCAGCGGCAGAGGAAGAAAGCAGCGCCCUCACAACCGCCGAGUAGGGGGCCGGGUGGGAAGAAGGAGGAAGAGCUGAAGGGGCCGAAGUUGGGCGGCAGUAGGAGUGCCAGAGCCGCUAUGCGCGAGACGUUGUUGAAGAACGCAAAGAAGUAAAUUCUAAUGCAUUAAUGAAGGAAGGUUUUCUGUGUCUGGAGGAUGCUUUGGUUGUUUUGCAAGCCGUUUUAGUGAUAUCAAGAUGACAAGCUGGGCGUCCAAUGCAAUGCCUCUCUAUUAUAAUACAUUUUGCCCAUCCGACCCGGA